CGUUCACUUCCCCAUAAUCAUGCUUUCACCCAGCGGCCAUGUUUGAAAAGAAAAGUUCUUUCUCUGUGGAUCAGAGCUGAACGUCUCUAACACACACGCUGCAUUGUGAGGAGCUGACCUUGACCUAACUGAACUUCUGAUUUUAUGUUUAACCUUGUUAUUUAUCUUAACACUGACACUUUGUGGAAAUUUCUCCUCGCCACAGGUUUUCAACUUCUCCACUUUUCCCAGAGUUCAGGAUUAGUUCAAAGGGCUACAGUCCGAUCCAAAUGUCCGAGUUUCACAGCCAAGAACAUUCUUCAGAUAUCAAACCAUAAUAACAUUUUUGUUUUUGAUGUUUCUGCAGUACAUAUGGAGUCAAUCUAAAAAAAAAAGUAGAUUUUCUGAUUCCAGUUGCUGGGAAUCGAUAUCAGUCCACAAGGCUUCAGAGUCAAUUGAUUUGACUCAACUGAUUCAUUUAUCUUCAGUAAGCUCUUUAUCCUGGUCAGGGUGGAGUCUGAUCUGGAGUCUAUCCCGGGAACACUGUGCAUGAGGCAGGAAUUUUCAAAGACUGUCUGUGAUGUAAAGUGGGCUCGGGAUUUAUUAUUAAAAUGUUCAUUUAUAAAUUGCGCAGCGCAAUUUAUUGCUGUAAAAUCAAACUAAAACGGAUUUCAUUUCUCGCAUUCGACAAAAUCUUGGUCUUCUUCUUUAUCUGCGAUUUUUUUACCUACUUCCUGCUCAGGUCUGGUAUUUCCAUCAAUCAGGAACGAUUACGGUGGUGAUGUCAUCAGAUCACAGACAUCUGUAGUUUUAAGCCAUGUUUAUACACAAGAAGUGUAUAAAGUUUUUUAUUUUCAGGGUUGUGGAACACGAGGAGGGGGAAAUAGCAAACCAGUGUGAUCGAUGAGAGAAUGGGUUACCAUGACAACCCUUCUGUAAACACACACACACACACACACAGGGUUGAUGUUAUUGUACAAAAUAUGGCUAUAAUAAUGUUUUUUAGAUAUCGUCCAGCCCUGAUGUGUUACCGUUUGAACCAGAUAAAUAGCAUGAUAUUGAUUUAUUCAUAUAAACAGGAAGUUGAUGUGGGUUUCGGUUUGAAACGCCCCGUUAAACAGGAAGUGCAAAGAGUUUUUGCUUCUGCAGAGCUGCAGGCUGUCCUUCAGGCUCUGUGUCUGGAAUCAAUUUACACUGGAAUGCAGUGGACUGUUAACAGGGCCUGAGAUUUAUACACCGUUCUCACACACACACACACACACACACACACACACACACCGUCAUUCCUGCUUUGUGUUCAUAAUUUUAUAUCUGUUAAAAAAAGUAGAUUGUUACAGCAUGUUGCCGGGAAGCAGAGUGUAAACUCUGUGCUGAAGAUGUUGAAAAGUUAAAGUCACAGCUUCACCUCUGUCUGUUACACAGCGCUGACACUGGAGACUCCUUCUUAUACGCUACAUCAACACCUUUUAUAAUCAGUCUAUUAUCAGUGGAGCGUGCGCUGUACACGUCCCUGUGAACGAGCCGUUACUAUAGAAACCAUAACGCAUUAGAGCAUUAAUAUAAACCUGCGCUACUGUCAGGGCCGCUGUUAUAGAGAACUCAUCACCACCUGACGACCAAUCAGAGUCCAGGAUUCAGCAGCGCCGCGGUGUAACUCCAUUUAACUCCUCCUCCAGUCUGGAAGUAUAGAAGCAGAAUCGCGUGAAUAAAAGGAUGAGGAUGUCGGAGGCUGUAACACAGCAGGAGAGACUACAGGCCAUUGCUGAGAAGCGGAAGAAACAGGCUGAAAUAGAGAAUAAGAGGAGACAGCUGGAGGAUGAACGCAGACAACUACAACACUUAAAGUCGAAGGCUCUGAGGGAGCGGUGGUUGUUGGACGGUGCGCCCUCCAGUGGAGAAAACGAGUUUCAGAGACAGCUGCAGGAAGACGAGGCUAAGACCAGGGAACUGGAGCAGAGCAUACCCAGGUUGGAGCAGGAGAUCGAGGAGCUGGAGACCGGCGUUCCUGUGUCUAAAUCCGCCGCCGAUAAACAGAACCUUAUAAACACGACUGACGGCCCCGGAAAAGUGGAGAACGGCGUCCCUAAAACCAGGCAGGUGACCGGCAUCGAGGCGAAGCUGGAAUGCACAAAUUUAGACGCGAAGGCCAUCGAGAACGCGAGCGCGGACCAUCCGGUCACCAUGGUGUUCAUGGGCUACAAAAACGUGGAGAACGAGGACGAGACCAAGAAAGUGCUGGGCAUCGAGGAUGCGGUGAAGGCCGAGUUGGUCGUCAUCGAGGACAGCGAGAACAAAGCAGCGACAGAGGAUGGAAAGAAUGAAGAGAAAGCUCCCCUGAAUGGCGCCCCCUCCAGUCCAGACGACAAGAAACAGGACGAGGCUACAAACGGAGAUGAGGCGAAACAGGGCGAGGCCAAGAAAGAAAAGCAGCGGUGCAAGUGCUGCACUGUCAUGUGAGAAUGGGGGCCAAAACUUUUACUCAAAAGAAAUACUAAAUAUUACAACUAAAUGAAAAAUACAAAAUCCAGAGAGGAACUGCUGACUUUGCAGUAAUUAAUGCAAGCCUUGUAAGAAUUACAGUGCAUAUGAAAAACAUAUCGUUAAUGUUAGCACUAUAAUAAUUAAGAGACACUAGCACAAUGCUAACAAUAAUGGCAUCACUAAUGACAUCACUGUUGCUGUUCGAGUUGCUAAUGAUAUCAUUACUGACAUAAUUGUUAGCAUUAUUGAUAGUUCUGACUCAAAUGACGUUGCUGUUAACUUUGAUGAUAAUAUUACUUCACUGAUAGCGUAGCAUAGUUAUAUUUAUUGCAAACUAUGCUAACUUAAGUCUUUUUUAUACGGCAAACGUAAAAGUGCAUUAACCAUGGAAAUGAGCUGUAUCCGUCAGGAACAUCAACAGUUACCUCAGAUCUGGUGAGAAAUGACUAAGAAAAGUCUUGGAAUGGCUAAAGUUACAAAUAAUUACACUUAGCGUCAAUGUGACAGCAUUUAUUAUGAAUGUGAUAAUGGUAAUAACAUAAAAUUAUUAUUAUAAUGAUAAUAACAUUACUAAUCUCACUCCAGUAGAACAUUGCUAGUAAUAACAACAUUAUUGACAUCACUGUUACUGCCAAAUGACCAUUUGACUGCCAGUUAUGCUAAAAUGUAAGGUAGCUAUCUUUUAUAUGGACAUUGUAAUGGUGCAGUAACCAUGGAAACUAUACAGAACCAUCAAGAACAUCAACAUUUACCUCAGAUGUGUUGGAAAAAUACAAAGAAAAGAAUUCUGUAGGACUAAAAUUAUACUUAAUUACAUGUAGCAUCAACCAGUAAAUCAUUUUAUGUAUCACAUGUUAAUUUGAUAAUGAUAAAAAUAUUAGUGAUGUCCCUGUUAGUGGUGCUAGUAAUAACAACAAUUGAAAUCUCUCUAACAUCGUUUAUGUCACCGUUAAAUGAUGCUAACAUUUUAGCUAGCUAGUUAGCACAUAACUCUUGCCUCUUACAAUGAAAUGUUAAUGUUGUCAUUUUUACACUAUCAUUAGUAGCAUCACUGCUAGCUUUAUUAAUGAUAACAUUCAUGACAUCACUGUUAUUAAUGACAGAGAUAACAUUAAUUAAUAACUUCAUUGUUAGGUUUAUUAAUGAUACCUUUAAUGCCAUCACUGCUAUUAAUGACAGAGAUAACAUUAAUGACUUCACUGUUAGCAUUGCCGUGUGACUGCACUUCCUCUCUGUGUUUGUAUUUAUAUAUAUAUAUAUAUAAUAUAUGUAAUGUAUUUGUAUGUACGUUGUUCAGUUUGUACUUCUUUUUUUAAUUUCUAUUGAUAUUUUUCUAUAUUUCUGUCUUGACAUUUCUAUAUAAAUUAUAAAUAUAAACUUAUAUUUUCAUUAUGUAAUCUUAUGUAAGUGCUCAUGGAGGAACAGAAGGGCGGACUUUGGUGUCGUUUCACUUAUUUUAGUUUAUUUUUAAACAAAAAUAUGAGGGACAUCUCGCUAUGAAUAUUUCUCUCGCUUAGUGUUUCUAAUCCAAAGUUUCGUUAUCCAUAAGAUCAGAAUAUUAUAUUACGGAGUAAUUAUGCUUUUAUAAUGUAUGUAACGUGUCUUUUAUUUGAUGUUUGAUCAUCUCGGACCACUGUGAGGAUGUAGUAUAUAUACACACACACACACACACACUCUUCGUGGUAGGAAAAGAUUUGUGUAAAGUGUGUAAAUAUAUGUGAUGUAUUGUUUAUGAUGGUUUAUGACACACACAUGAACUAAAAGAUUGCCAGAAAUGGUUUUCACAUCCUUUUUCUUCACUGUGCAUGUGUCCCAAUCCACACACCCUAUUCACUAUGUAGUGCACAUAAACACCAUCAUCAGUCCUCUGGGGGCAUGUCCCAAACUCUUCCCAUCAGGACUGGUUUUAGUUUUUUUAAAGUUGGAACCUGAAUGCCAUUUGUGUCACCGUGAUGUUUUUGUUUUUGUGGAUUAUGGACCCCAGUCCUUUGUUCUCACUGUUUCCUGCUGUGGUCCAUGUGCUUGAUUCGGAAAGAAAUACAAAUAAAAACUGCUGUGUUAUGA